AUGGAGAUCCGGCCGGACAGGUUUAAGGCCGUUGCAGCCAAGACUCUCGGGAAAAUAUACGGAGCUCUUGAAAAGAAGCAGGAGAAUGGCGAGACCAUCGAGCUGUCGGCAGAGGGCCGGCCGGAGAUGGUGGAGGAGAAGGAGAUGCCUGUGGUGGACUGUACAUGCUUCGGCCUGCCCAGACGCUACAUCAUCGCCAUCCUCUCUGGCAUUGGCUUCUGCAUCUCCUUUGGCAUCCGAUGUAACCUCGGCGUGGCCAUCGUCAGCAUGGUCAACAGCCACACCAUCUACAGAGACAACAAGGAGGUUAUAGUGAAAGCUCAGUUUGACUGGGAUCCGGAGACAGUGGGAAUGAUCCACGGCUCCUUCUUCUGGGGAUACAUUGUAACUCAAAUCCCAGGAGGGUUCAUCUGUCAAAAGUUUGCAGCGAACAGAGUGUUUGGCUUCGCUAUAGUGGCCACGUCCUGCCUGAAUAUGCUGAUCCCUUCAGCAGCGCGGAUGCAUUUUGGUUGUGUUAUCAUUGUCAGGAUAUUUCAAGGACUUGUGGAAGGAGUUUCAUACCCAGCAUGUCAUGGUAUUUGGGCAAAAUGGGCACCCCCUCUUGAAAGAAGUCGCCUGGCUACGACAGCCUUUUGCGGCUCUUAUGCAGGUGCUGUGAUUGCCAUGCCUUUAGCUGGAAUCCUAGUCCAGUACUCAGGAUGGUCAUCUGUCUUCUAUGUCUACGGAACUUUUGGAAUCAUGUGGUACUGCUUUUGGAUCCUGGUGUCUUAUGAAAGUCCGGCAGCCCACCCUACCAUCACUGAUGAGGAGAGGAAAUAUAUUGAGGAAAGCAUUGGCGAAACGGCCCAGUUUACAGUAACGAAAUUCAACACACCGUGGAGGGCCUUCUUUACCUCCAUGCCUGUGUACGCCAUUAUCGUGGCUAACUUCUGCAGAAGCUGGACUUUCUACUUGCUUCUGAUCAGCCAGCCUGCAUACUUUGAAGAGGUGUUUGGUUUCGAGAUAAGCAAGGUUGGAAUAGUUUCUGCACUUCCCCACCUUGUCAUGACCAUUAUUGUGCCCAUCGGAGGACAACUUGCUGACUAUCUGCGCACCAACCACAUAAUGUCAACCACUAAUGUCAGGAAACUUAUGAACUGCGGAGGGUUUGGUAUGGAGGCAACCUUACUGCUGGUGGUGGGCUUCUCACAUACGAAGGGUGUUGCCAUUACAUUCCUGGUCCUGGCUGUGGGUUUCUCUGGCUUUGCAAUUUCAGGUUUCAAUGUUAACCACCUGGACAUUGCACCACGCUAUGCUAGUAUCCUCAUGGGUAUCUCCAAUGGUGUGGGCACUUUGUCUGGGAUGGUUUGUCCACUUAUAGUUGGUGCUAUGACAAAGCAUAAGACACGAGAAGAGUGGCAGGGUGUGUUUCUGAUCGCAUCUCUCGUUCAUUAUGGAGGUGUCAUAUUCUAUGGCCUCUUUGCAUCUGGAGAGAAGCAAGCCUGGGCUGAGCCGGAGCAGCUGAGCGAUGAGAAAUGUGGCAUUAUGGAUGAGGAUGAACUUGCAAAUGAGACGGAGGAGCUGUAUCGUACAAGCGGUGGGGGAGGGUAUGGAGCCAUGAACCAGGGAGCAGAUCCCAACGGAGGUGGAGGAGGAGGCUGGGUCUCAGACUGGGACAAAACUGAGGAGUACGUACAACCAGCUGGAACCAAUAAUUACCUUUACGGAGGAGAAGAGGACCGAGAGUUGACAUAAAACCAGCGGAUCCUCUGCAUGUUGCCUUUAGCGGGGCAGAAACAGUACAUCACAGUGUGGAUCUGAUGGCACGAGGAACUCUAAAAUGGGCUGGA